GAAGCUGCUUUAAGUUUCGUUUCGGACUGAGUGAGUCAGCUGGCACGCCAUAGAUUUCAUUUGUCAGGAAAGGCUAGGACUGGACACUAUAAAAACCAGAGCCUCAAACGAUCUUUACAGAAGGCGAAAUGGGACUUUUGAUGAUCAUUGGAGCAGUGGCAGGUGCAGGUGGGGCCAUAGCCCUGGCACCAGUUGUCUUGGGAGCAGUAGGCUUCACUGCUGCCGGCAUUGCUGUCAAUUCCGUAGCUGCCGGUAUGAUGGCCGCAGCCGCUACCGCCAACGGAGGUGCAGUGGCAGCUGGAUCGACUGUGGCUGUGCUGCAGUCUAUAGGUGCUGCAGGCUUGGGUGCAGCUGCUACAGCAGCAGUGGGCAGUGUCGGAGCAGUGGUGGGGACGGCUACAGCUGCAGCUGUUCUCAUCUGACCAUCCCAACUCACUACUCCACCUUGAAGGAGGAGUCUCAUAUCUAGUGCAGAUAAUCACAUGAAGGCUAUUAUGAUUCUCUUGUUGCUCAAUGCAGCAGCACUUUUUGACGUAUUACUCAUAUUUACUAUUUUAAGAGGAAAACUAGUGCAUGACUGCAUUUAUUAUUAGACACACUGCAUUUAUUAUAAGACACACUUUUUAUAUAAUUAAACAUUUAGCACUAUAAUUCUUUGAAUUCUUCAUUUUACGAGUGCAAUGAAUGAGUUAUGUGUAAUUAUUUCAUUAUUAGUUGAAAUGAUGGUUAUGAAUGUCUACUGGUCUAUGGCUUUGGUGAGCCCCAGGGUCAAGAGAUGUUUUUUUAAAUGAUCUCCCAAUUAAACUCAUAUUUCCAGAUUACUUAAAUAUGACUCCCCCUAGAGUAGUACUACCUUGGAAGGAAAAUUACACUAACUUUUCUUUCACAAAAUAAAUUCCACAGUAAAUACUAUGCUCCCUUGGCACAUCCUACAAGAAACAUAAUUUCAUUUGUCAAGAAAUAAAAGGAAAAGCAACUAUAAACCCUAGCCUGAAUCGAGCUCUACAGACCAGUGAAAUUGAUCUUUAUGAGUUUAUCUACUGUACUGCAAAUAAAAUGACUUCACUAACUAGA